UUGGCCAAGUCAGUUGCUCUUUUGGCUUAACAAACUCAGAACGUGCCGCGGCGACGAUGGCAGUGACAUCAAAUUGCAGCGCAUAGAAUAAUAGACAACAGCGGUGGCAGUAAAAACAGAGGCAAGGGGCACAAUUCGGCUUAGUCACCAUGUCCGAGUGGCAUCCAUCGGAUGCAAGGAACUGAAUAAAGGCUCUAAAAAUUUAGUUUUCAUGACCCAGAGGCGGCGGUGUGGCGGCAAAUCUGGUUUAUAUCUCUCCUGACCGACUACUGGGAUCCUUGCACCGCAAAAGCGACUCUGAACCGGAGCCAAAACAGAGAGCAGCAGUACGGAUAGCGGUGUCAGAAGCGGAAUUAAACUUACGCUCGUCCUUGGCAUUUGCAAUAACAACGCAGGGUUGGUUGGCAAACCUCGAGAAAUCACUGCAAGCGAAGCGGAAAAGGAGAAAUUUCAUUGAAUCGAGGGACAGGAGCUCCGGGAGAGAGGGGGCCCGCCCGAACCAUCGCAAUCCUGGCCCAACGCAACCACAACACCUCCAACGGCAGCAGCGCAGCCAGCGUCGGCAGCGGCGUCGGCAGCGUUCCCGUCAUAAUGGAGGGUCCUGAAGUCACAUUUCUUUUCCAAUUCGGCAGCGUCCGCGAUGCAGUCUGUGUGCCCGCCCACGCCCUCACACUCAAAACGCUCAAGGACCUGGCCUGCGAUUUCAUCAACACAAAGAUACCGGACAGCGGUCUCACGUACCUCUCGGAACGCAUUCUGCUCUUCGUCCACGACUACAGCACCCCGAAUGUGCUGCACAUCAUCAACUCGGCAGCGGAGGUGGUGGACGAGACCCUUGUGGAAAUUGUGCUGACAGCCAGUCCCAUACUGUAUCCGACCUCCGAGAUGCCGACCCUCAAGCCACACAGCCUGAACGUGCAUUCCUACAAGGGACCGACCUUCUGUGAUUUCUGCGGCGAGAUGCUGUUUGGUCUGGUGCGCCAGGGCCUCAAGUGCGAUGGAUGCGGUCAGAACUAUCACAAGCGGUGCGUGGUGAAAAUCCCGAACAACUGCAACCGCUCGAAUGACGCCACUUCGAGGCGCUCCUUCACGCUCCAUGCGCCCCGCAGUCCGUCCGGCAGUUCGCAGCAGUCGCUCGUCUCCACGGAGGAAUCGACAGGAACCGGAACCGGACGGAACGACUCGAGCAGCUCACUGAAUAUUCCCGGUCGCCAUCAGCGAACCCACUCGUCGGGCAGCCGGAACGGACUGACCGUGCUGCGCAUUCCGCACACCUUCAUGGUGCACACAUACGGCAUUCCGACGGUGUGCCAGCUGUGCAAGAAGCUGCUGAAGGGGCUCUUCAAGCAGGGCCUCCAGUGCCGCGACUGCCAGUACAACGCGCACAAGAAGUGCCUGGACAAGGUGCCCCACGACUGCACGGGCGAGGCGCAGCUGAGCCAGCUGCAGAUCCAGGCGGGGGCCAAGGAGCGGGACAACUUCUUCCGCGAGGAGUUCGACGACAGCGACGGCGACGAGGGAUCGGACUAUGGCAAGUACAAGUCGGCCCUGUCGGUGGGCGUGAACCUGGUGGCCGGACGACCCCGGGAGGCACCCAAGGCCCUGACCAAUGCCCACAACUCACCGCCCGAGCUGGUCAACGGAGGCCUGGGCGACGACUCCAGCGGCGGGGGGGUUGAGACCAGCAAGUCCAGCAGCGACGGCCAGUCGGAGCAGUCCCAGUCCUCGACCUCCUCGUCGCCCAGUGCCAACAUCCCGCUGAUGAGGAUCGUUCAGUCCGUCAAGCAUACCAAGAAGCGGGGCGGACAGGCCCUGAAGGAGGGCUGGCUGGUGCACUACACCUCGCUGGACAAGGCCGUCAAGCGGUACUACUGGCGCCUGGACUCCAAGACCAUCACCCUGUUCGUCUCGGAGCAGGGCAGCAAGUACCACAAGGAGCUGCCGCUGGCGGAGCUCCUCUCGAUCGAGAGCCAUUUGGGCGAUCCCCGACCGGACUCCAACUACUGCUUCGAGCUGCGCCUGCCCAAUCUCAGCUACUUCGUCGGACAGGAUCCGCAGGUGGGUGCCAAGGAGGAGCAGGCCGUCCGGCUGCCUCCGCCGGACAGCGGCAUCGGCAGCGAUAUCGCCAAAAGCUGGGAGACCAGCAUCCGGCAGGCCUUCAUGCACGUCACCAACACGCAAUGCUGCGAGUCGGAGGAGCAGGUGCAGGAUAUGGGCCAGCUGUACCAGAUCUUUCCGGACGAAGUGCUCGGGUCCGGGCAAUUCGGCGUGGUCUACGGCGGAGUGCACAAAAAGACGCAGCGCGAGGUGGCCAUCAAGGUGAUCGACAAGCUGCGCUUCCCCACCAAACAGGAGGCGCAGCUGAAGAACGAGGUGGCCAUCCUGCAGAACAUCUCGCACUGCGGCGUGGUCAAUUUGGAACGGAUGUUCGAGACGCCGGAGCGGAUCUUUGUGGUAAUGGAGAAGCUCAAGGGCGACAUGCUGGAGAUGAUCCUGUCGCAUGCGAGGGGCCGGCUGAGCGAGCGCGUGACCAAGUUCCUGAUCACCCAGAUCCUGAUCGCCCUCAAGUACCUGCACUCGCAGAAUAUAGUCCACUGCGACCUGAAGCCGGAGAAUGUGCUGCUCUCCUCGGACGCCGAAUUCCCGCAGGUGAAGCUCUGUGACUUUGGCUACGCCCGCAUCAUCGGCGAGAAGUCCUUCCGGCGAUCGGUGGUCGGCACUCCGGCCUAUCUCGCCCCGGAGGUGCUCCGCAACAAGGGCUACAACCGAUCGCUGGACAUGUGGAGCGUGGGCGUCAUCAUCUACGUGAGCUUGAGCGGCACCUUUCCCUUCAACGAGGAGGAGGACAUCAACGACCAGAUCCAGAACGCGGCCUUCAUGUAUCCACCCAACCCGUGGAAGGAGAUCUCCUCUAAUGCCAUUGACCUGAUCAACAACCUGCUGCAGGUGAAGCAACGCAAGCGGUACACGGUGGACAAAAGUCUGCUGCACUACUGGCUGCAGGACAAGCAGACGUACCGUGACCUCCGGACCUUGGAAACCCAGGUGGGCGGCGGCCGGUACUUGACCCACGAGGCCGAUGACCUGCGCUGGGACUGUGCGGGCGACAUGUGACCUGGCUGUGAGCCCGACGAGAUUUUCGAGAGCACCACCACCGAGAUAAGGAGCUGCACCACGACCACCACCGAGAGCUAUCGUCCAUCUCCGGCGGAUUGUGCCGGAUGCCAUCGGCUUUCGGACUGCGGCAACUCACCCAAGUCGGAGGCCAUUAGCGACAAGGCCCUGAAAUGGAUGCGGUUCCAUCUCUGCCGGCACAUUAAAUAGCAGUACAACCCUAUUGCCUAGCCCAUAAGUUUAUCCCAUCUCUCUAACGCGCUUUUCGGUAACUGCUAAACAAAUGGAUUCUUCUAACUUACAACUCUGUGUGCUAAAUUUUUCUCUAGAAUCAAAAUUAGUCGAUAGCUUUAAUUCGUUAACCACCUAAAGGCAACUCUUAUGAAUAACUCUACACAAUUAAUAUACAUAAACCCGGAAGUAACUGUGAACCUCAGAUCCAGUUUAGAACCAAUGGCCAUAAGGUACACAAAAAAACAUUAACCAAACUAAUGGCCGGGAAAAUAUAGCUGAAUAAACAACGCUUGACAAUUAA